GAUAAAGGGCGGCGGGGGGCCCCGGGGCAGGAGUGGGCACAUGGGGGUCAAGGUCUGUGGGUGCCAAGCGCCAUGGGUUAAGCCCCAAAUCGAAAUUCGGAAAACCCUCCCGACGCUCUCGCCCCGUCCAUCAUGUCUGGAGACAAACUCUUGAAUGAGCUGGGCUACAAGCUGGGCCGCACCAUCGGGGAGGGGAGCUACUCCAAAGUCAAGGUGGCCACCUCCAAGAAGUACAAGGGCACGGUGGCCAUCAAGGUGGUGGACCGACGGCGAGCCCCCCCGGACUUUGUCAACAAGUUCCUGCCCCGGGAGCUGUCCAUCCUGCGCGGCAUCCGCCACCCGCACAUCGUGCACGUCUUCGAAUUCAUCGAAGUGUGCAAUGGAAAGCUGUACAUCGUUAUGGAGGCCGCCGGCACCGACCUACUGCAGGUGGUGCAGCGCAGCGGGCACAUCCCGGGCGCCCAGGCGCGCGAGCUUUUCGGCCAAAUUGUGGGCGCCGUGCGCUACCUGCAUGACCACCAUCUGGUGCACCGCGACCUCAAAUGCGAGAACGUGCUGCUGAGCCCCGACGAGCGGCGCAUCAAGCUCACGGACUUCGGCUUCGGACGCCAGGCGCACGGCUACCCGGACCUCAGUACCACCUAUUGCGGCUCUGCCGCCUACGCGUCUCCCGAGGUGCUCCUGGGCAUUCCCUACGACCCCAAGAAGUACGACGUGUGGAGCCUGGGCGUCGUACUCUACGUCAUGGUCACCGGCUGCAUGCCCUUCGACGACUCGGACAUCGCGGGCCUGCCCCGCCGCCAGAAGCGCGGCGUCCUCUACCCCGACGGCCUCGAGCUGGCCGAGCGCUGCAAGGCGCUCAUCGCCGAGCUGCUGCAGUUCAGCCCAUCCGCGCGACCCUCCGCCGGCCAGGUUGCCCGCAACAGCUGGCUGCGCGACGAGGCUUGCUAG